GCAAAGACAAAAGGCUGCUUACUCUGGAGGGAUUGGGAACUGGCCGAAUGCUACGUGGCCUGACAGAAUAUGCAUGAUGCUGGCAUUUUCGUUUAGCCAAAAUAUGUCAAUGAACAAAGUAUAAAGAGUCGUCUUGUUCCCAACAUAUUGAGAUGUCAGACAACAAAUCAACUCAAUCAUCAAAGUAGUCCAUUACCAAAGACGACUUCACUCAUCAUGCAUUUCUCAACUCUUCUCGCUGGCCUCGCCACUUUUUCUACGACUGUAACCGCCAUCCCUACGGAAAAGCCUCACGUCGGCGUCGCCAUCCUCACCGUCAACGAACCAGAGGACAGUACUCUUCCUCUCAACGUCCCUCUCGGCGUUCUCACCCACCAGAAGAACAACAAGCUCACAGAGCUGGAGUUUGUUAACGUCUACUCUACUGUGAAGGGUGUCAAGCCUCCCAAGAUGGACCAGAUUAGAUGCCAGAUGUACAAGGAUCAGUAUGGCACUGUGCCUAUCACCAAGGAUCUCACUGCAGAAAAUGGUGUUGUUAGCAAGAAGCCCAUCUACCUCGGAUGGGUUCUCUGCCGUGUCAAGGCGCAGAAAUAGGCUGCAGUAGUUGGGGUCAUUUGGAUGUUUUAUUUGUCUCAUCAUGUGAUAGGCGGAGCAUUGAACAUUAAAUACAGGAUCAAGUGUAGUGAUAUGAGCUUCAAUUUGGUGGUAAUCAACCUUAUGAAAGACCCUGUAGCUACAGUUUUGUACCAGGCUACCCAGUGUACCUCCGUCUCACCGAACAGUAAUGAUAAUAUCAGUAGUCGUCUCCGUCUC